CCAAUUCGGGGUCACAGUUGGCCGGAACGCACAUAGAAAUUCGUGCCUCUUCAAAAAGAAGCAUUUUACGUCCCAAGUGACCCGCUAACAAGUCUCUCAACUUUACAGGUAGCGGACCAUUCAGUCGGAGAGCGGAGUUUGGCAACGCGAACGCGCGCGAAAUUGUCAGCUGCCAGUUACACCACUGCCGGCCAACGUGUCGUGCGUCGUAUGGUCACUGUGCCGAGACUGCCACCUCGAAAUCGGCGUUCGCACACGGGCAGAAUUGCGUAGGGUGGCGGCGAUCAGCAAACAAUCUAUCUUAUUGGUUCUUUCGUCCUUUCCCGGGGACAUUCUCCGAAGCCCUCCGUGCUCCAGCCUCCUAUUUAGGAUAGGGUUGCAAACAACGCCAACCGAACCUAGAUUUUACGGAGGUUUUUCCAACGGCGAGCGCCCUCCUGAACAUUGACGCACUGCAUCCUCGUUGAAGGACACGUCGUCGCCGUGCUUUUCUUCCUCUUCCCCUCAACCCUCCGCACCCUCCGCUCGACAUUAUCCUACUUUCCGACCGAUGGAAUAUUUCAACCUCCCUCCUUCGCCCGCAUCCACUCCAUCCAGUGGCCCAGUACACACACCCCACUCCAAUCCCACGAGCACCCCCGGAAGCGGGUCAGAAGCAGGGCAAGACGCAGAACCGGUCGCUCAACCCAUGGAUCACCAAGAGGACGAUGCCACGAUUUCGUCGGUCUUCCAGCCAUCUCUACGAAUCGACAACCUCCUCCCGGACGUGAUUCUCGUCUCCUCGAACAACGUUUAUUUCUACGCCCAUCGCCACCGCAUCAUCAACGCCUCGUUCAACCUCUUCUGUGGCCUCUUCCUCUUCGACUCGGCCUCUUUCUCGCAUGGAUUCCUCCCCACCCUGCAUCUCACCGAGUCCGGAGACGUCAUCAACGUCGUUCUGCACACAAUGUACGGCCUCUCCUGCACCCACUUCCAUCCGGCUCUCGACACGGUCGAGGCCGCCCUCGAGGCGAUGAUCAAGUAUGGCGUGUCGAUGGAGAUCCACGCCGCCCCGCGGUACCGGCCGCUGCACCAACUCCUCCUCUCGCGCGCCCCCUACCACCCGAUCGAGACGUACGCGCUGGCCGGCAAGUACGAGCUCGAGGAGCUCGCGGUGACCGUGUCCGGGCACCUGCUCUCGUACGACCUCUCCCGCGUUACGGAUGCGCUUGCGACGAGGAUGGGGCCGGUGUACCUCAAGCGGCUCUUCCUCCUCCAUCAGGCGCGCAUGCACGCCCUCAAGCAGAUCCUCCUGACCCCGCCGGCCGCGCACCCGACGACCCCGAGCUGCAGCCCGGCGGAGCGGGGACAGCUGACGCGGGCGUGGGCCCUCGCCUCCGCACAGAUCGUGUGGGACGCGACGCCGAGUAAGACCGUCGAUGGCCCGUUUGGCGCACAUGUGUCUGGCACAGAACGCUCACAGCUAGCACCGUUGUCUCUCGCAGGCCUCUCCCCGAACUCCCUCCGCGCGAUGCUCGAGCCGAUGAGGGACAAGCUGGAGUGCGAGACGUGUCGGCUCGUGCUGCAGCAGCGCAUACAGGAGGUGGUGAAUGCUUGGUCGCUGGUCACGCCGACGAUCUAGCGGGUACGGUCGCUCGCCGCGGGACGUAUCUUUGCACCUCGCCGAAGAAUGUAUCGCUAGGGUUUUGAUUACUCGUGGUGUAUUUUUCUCUUUUCUCUGUCUACUUUUACUGUCUCGCUCCGGCAGCAUGCUGUAUCACCAUUCACGACAGGUCGAUGACUACUCUAUACUAUUCGCCUACCAUAAUU